CCAGGCACGCCGUGUCGUGUUUGUGCUAUUCCCGGGACCAUGGCUACUACCCCUUCUCUUCUCCCUGGUUGAGAAUAAUGAGAGCGCCCCUAAUUUUGCAUCCUUUCAUUCUUGCCUUAUUUGCUUCGCCCACCCUCAGCUCUCGGAAAACUCCCUGUAGUCCCCCCAUGGCAGAGUGAUAUGUAGCAGGGGCAUUAGAUUAAAGACAAAACCCCGUAAGAAAAGACGAGACGGCGUAGUCCAAUGACUGGGCCGUUGCCCGACCUACCAAUGCGUUUGAUGUCCAGGGAUUCGCCUCUUCUCUUCAUACUUACAACAGUAUAAACAAGAUCCAGGGAGCUCGGGCAUACCCGCCAACCUAGAAAAACCGUUCCCCUUGUAUUCUACUAUCGAGGUAUCCUCGGGUGAUCGAUGAUGAUGGUGUUACGUUCGAGGGCCCUGAUAUACCAGACGGUCCUGUUCUUCAGCAUCGUCAUCCUCGUCAUCGUUGCACUGCGCACCAGCUCAGUCCAGGACUCGCUAUCCAGAUUUAAGACGAACAACAUCGACCCCAUCAUCACACACGAGGAGAAAGGACCACCACAUCCCAAGUACAAACCUACACCAUCGUACAUAGCGCCGCCGAUAUCAGAUCCCUUUCCAGCUCUCGCGACGUCUACACCACCGCCCAUUCCACCAUAUAAUGUCCCCGAAAAAGACGGUUGGAAGAAGUAUGGCCUGGAGAUUGCGCCACCGCUGGUCAUUGGAUUCACACGGUCAUGGCCGAUGCUGCUGCAGACCGUCGUGUCGUAUAUCACGGCAGGCUGGCCGCCCGAGCAAAUCUAUGUCGUCGAAAACACAGGCAUGCAGCAGGCCAAUGCACGCGGCCAGUUAACUCUCCAGCAUCCCUUCUACCUUAAUCACACGACGCUUAAGAAUAAACUCGGCAUCAACAUUAUACAAACACCGGUUCUGCUCACUUUCGCACAGCUGCAGAACUUUUAUCUCUCGCUGUCUUACACGCACGAGUGGCCCUAUUACUUCUGGAGCCAUAUGGACGUUCUCGCCCUGGGACAUGAGAAUGGCUUCGAGAACCUCACGGCACGAGCAGGCGAGCCAGGCUACAAGAGUCUCUAUACGCUCUGUCUCGAAGAGCUCAAUCACACGCUGGCGACAGACGACAGAUGGGGUCUGCGCUUCUUCGCAUACGACCAUCUCACGUUGCAAAACCCGCGGGCCCUCGAGGACAUCAACGGCUGGGACACCCUCAUCCCUUAUUACAUGACGGACUGCGACACGUACACACGCCUGACCAUGCGGAACUGGUCGCAGAUCGACGCUAACUGCGGCGUGGUCACCGACACCUCCGUCGCCCUCGACGACCUCCUCGCGCUGUACCGCGAUCCGAAGAUCACGCCGAAAUUUACCGAUCCAAAUCCGCCACCGCCUGCGGAAGAUGAUGGGGAAAUUAAGGAACGGCGGCAUCUUGCUUCGAAGCGCGAGUCGAUUGAGGAAUUGGUCGAGUAUUGGAAGGCGUUGAUCAAAGUCGCGGAUUCCAUGUUCCAUUAUAAACAUGGCGAGCGUGGGCGGAAUACGUGGCAGGCUGGACAGCAUGGUGGACAGGGCGAGCCAUUCUACUAUGACAGCGCCGGAUUCUCCGAAGCCAUCGAGGUCCUCACCGAGGCGGGCAAGGAGGUGUAUAGGCGGAAAUGGGGUCACCGCGAUUGCGACUUGAUUAGUGGGGCGGGAGUCAAGUACGAGGACCAGUGGAAAGUCCUUCAGGAUUGGUGAUCGAUCAACUCAUCGAAGAAUU